AAGCAACGUAACCGCCUAAGAUCAGACGGCGUAGAACUAGAACAUGCUCACCGCUCUCCGAUUAGCAACGGCCAGAACCCCACCACCCGCCCUCUGCAGCGUUAGCCCUUUGCCGCACCGAUUGCGUGGCCGGAGCCACAUCAGAUUACGACGACCUGUAACUACAGGAGCCGCUGGCAGCUGUCCCGACGCCGCCGAUGACAUGCAGAAAGUAAACGACACCGAGAAACCGGCGCCGCCGCCGCCUGCUGCCGCACAACCACCCAAAGUCAGGGACACAAUGUCAUCCUUUGGGGAAGGAUAUGCGACGAGGUCGGACGAGGAAGGCUUUGGAGGGAUCUACGGCGGAAAUACACAGGAAGAAGAAGGAGAACACCACAAAAUUAUCCCAGGAAAUGCUCCUUCUGCCUCUGAAGAAUAUGGUGAAAAUCAAGGCAGCGAAGUAAAAGAGAAGGAGAAAGGUCGUCACCAACCCCAUCAUCACCGUUCAACCUAGCUACCACCUACAACCUAUGCAUGCAACACAACACAACAAAAUACAUACAUAUAGUUGUUUUCUUUUUUGUUUGGUUUUAUGUUCCUAAAUUUGUUAGU